UGGAUAGAUUAAGGUGGACUCGGAGAGGGAGGGUCGAUAGAGGACGUGUGGCGUUUGGAUAGAUUAAGGUGGACUCGGAGAGGGAGGGUCGAUAGAGGAUGUGUGUGUGUGUGUGACGGGUGUGUGUGUGACGGGUGUUUGGACGGACUAAGCUGCGGCGGACUUUCCGCGCCGUCCAGCUUUCUCUGAGCCGCUCCGGACGGGAAGUCCGCCCGCCGCUGCGCGCGCUCCACUUUCUAUUUCGGUUCGUGUCUCUUCUCUUCUCUUGGUUCGCUUCGCUUCGGUUCGGUUUGGUUUGGUUCGGUUUGUUUUGGAGCCGCCGGUGUGGUGUCGGUGACAUGACGGAAGGACGCCGCCUCCGAUAGGAAGUUUCUAGGAGCUUUGAGCAGAAAUGCCUCGCCAUAACAUGGACAGCCCCAGGAGCCAGUGGGAACAAGUGAUGCAGCCGCCGUGGUUUACCCGACUGGCUGAGGUACAAAGCCCCGCCUCCUCAGGGGCAGAGUCAGAUACAGAGAGCAGCAGCACAGAGAGCGAGCGGUCCCGCACCCGAAAACCGGAGCUGGGUUCUGCAAGGGCCCUGCCGUCACCCUCCAUGCUCCAACAGCGAAUCACAGAGAUCGACCAGCAGAAAGAGGAGCUUAAGAUUGAGCUGCAGCUGGAGAUUGCUCUCCUGCAAGGCGAGCUGCAGACGGAGAGAAACCAGCUGAACAGACACACGCAGCAGCUGCACGCCCUGCAGGAGGAGGCCAGAGACCGAGCGAAACACCGACGCUCUGGCCGACACAAAGAGAGGGAGAGGCUUGAGGAGGAGAGGAGCAGGGUGGAGCAGCUUAAAAAGAGUUGUGAAGAAAAGCAGAAGCUGAUUCCCAGUCAGCCGGAGAGCCAGAGAGAGCGGCUUACACUGCAGCUGCAGCAGGAGAAAGAGGUGAUGGAGGCUGCAGUGAGGGUGUUCGAGGACUGGGAGUUCAGGGUGCUGGAGCGAGAGAGCACCCUAGAUGAACAUGAGGGGGGCGAGAUGGAAAAGGAGAGGGAGCAGGAGAGUGAAGGAGAGAUAGAGAAGGAGAUCUGCUGCAAACAGCUUGUGGUCAACACUGCACAGGAGCAUGUUGGGCAGCUGGAGCGACAGCUGAAGGAGAUGGAGGUGGAGCGAGAGAAGGACCUGAGUGCCCUGAGAAAAGAGAGGAGGGAACUAAUCCGUACAAGUCAAGUGAUUCUGAAAGAGAAGAAGUCUCUCGCUGAUUGGUCGAACGUCACUGGCUCCGCCCCCUGCAUGAUGUCACUCUCUCCGCCGAACAUUUACAAACCACCUCAGGAAACAUGCAAAGAAUCUGACAGUUUACCCCGAAGACGGAGCACACAACGCAACAACAAACUCAACGACAGGCCGCUUUCAGCACAGGGCUUGGUGAGGACAGACCAAGACAGCCAGAGCACAGAGGCCUUCACUCCCCCCCCUCACCACCACCUCCACCUUCCCCUCUCCUACUCCUUGUCCUCCUCCCCCCAGAAACUCAGCAAUGGGCACAGACCCAGUCACAGCAACGGCGUGGGGCUCCCCACCCCGUGCAACAGUGCCAGCAGCUCCCGUGCUGCCAGCCCCAGUCCAGGUCUGCUGGAUCUGGCAGAGAUCGAAAAGAGACUGAGAGAAGCCAAGGCAGAGAGAGAGCGGCUGCUCCGGGAGAGGGAGGAGCGCCGGCGGUUGUUGGAGGAGAGCCAUCACAGAGAGCUGAACGCCCCGAGGAAAGAACCAGUACAACUCGAGACACUACACGGAGAUGAACCCGACCCACAGGAACCCCCUGGACCCGCCGUGGUCCUCAACUCUCCAGAGCACAGCCUUCCCCUCUUCCUCUUUCCGAACUUUGACCUCCGGGCCCAUGUGGAGUCCCUGGGUCACAGCGUGGAAGGAUGCCUUGGCCUUCGUAUGACCUCACGACGCUGUGCGGGCUUUCUGACCAAACGAGGUGGCCGGGUCAAGACCUGGAGGAGGAGAUGGUUCUUGUUCGACAUGGACCACAGACGACUAGCCUACUACACAGACUGCGAUGAGAGGAAACUGAAAGGCGUCAUUUACUUCCAGGCCAUAGAAGAAGUUUAUUACGACCACCUGCGCACAGCCAAUACGUCUCCACGGCCAAGUCUGACGUUCUGUGUGAAGACGUACGAACGUCUCUUCUUCCUGGUGGCUCUCAACGCGGAAGCCAUGAGGAUUUGGAUGGACGUCAUCGUCACCGCCACAGAUGAACACAGCCGGUAUUGACCGUGUGACGGUACACGCGGUGCCGCCGAUCAGGCAGCACUUUAAAGAGGAGUGCAUGACCUCUCUUAACCCCGUGACUCCCACAAGACUGUCAGAUCUGUCCCAGCAGCCAUGUUGUUCACAGAAGACAUGGACGCAGGCCAGCCUGGCAUGCAGCCUGGCAUGCAGCCUGGCAUGCAGCCUGGUACUCGCCAUGUUGAACGUCUUCUCGGAGGAUUCAUAAUGUGAGGAACUGUUAUAGAAGAUGUGGCGCUCUAACACUGGCAGAAUGGAUGCGUCACAUCCAGCUAUAUUUACUGUGGUAUUUGUGGAAACACACUGACAGUUGGGUUAUGGCUCUCUCUAGUGGUCAUGAUAGAAUAUUACAGGACCAUGGAGACUGCGUUAGAAUAAUUCUUUAUUUCUAUUUGACUAUUUUCGCUAAAAUGGAUGGGGGGGGGUAACACGGUAUGGAUUCACCUUUCACAGGUUUAACUUAUUAUUUGGUCAUGUGUAUGGAUGUGGCGCACAAAUGGGUAAGCGUGGUUGCGACUCCACUAUUAAAGGUUAAUUCAGACACUUGGGGUUAGUUUAUUCUUGGCUCAUGUUUAAUUAAAGUUAAAAUUUCCAGGCUAUAGAUAAUGUCGAUAUAUGACAUCAUUUAAAAUGGAAUUGAUUAGAAUGUGUUUUUUUUUUACAAAUGAUAUAUAUUUUUAAUAAAUA